AUGCAAGGAGAUGACCUCUCAUCGGACCUUGUUAUCUCUAUUGAACGUAUCUUAGAUAUUCGUCAUGGACGAGAUACGGAUCCGUUGGACAUCCUCACCAAUGACUUCAACGCCGUCGGUGCUCUAAAUGCGCAAUUUCCAGACGAAUCCUCGUUGGAGCGCUUGGACGCCGUGCAGACUCGUAUGAUAGAGACAGAGAGGCAGCUGCAAGCCGAAAUCGACGCUCUGAAGGAAGAGCUCCGGCGGGAGCAAGAUCCGAGCAGAAUGCAGCUCAUACAAGAGAUGAUAUCAGAUCUACUGGGCCAGAUGUCUCGAAUCAGAGAGAAAGCAACUGAAUCAGAAGCAGUUGUACGAAACAUCACUAAGGAAAUACAAGUCUUAGACCUUGCGAAGAAGAACUUGAUACUUAGUAUGACGAUGCUCAAGCGCCUCCAGAUGCUGGUGAAUGCCCUCAGUCAGCUGGAAGAUCAAGUCAAAGAGAACAACUAUCACGAAAUCGUCAAUUCUCUUGCUGCAGUCAAGCAGAUCGGUACAUCUUUCAAGCCAUACACGUCAAUUCAACGCAUAUCUCAGAUUUGGCGUCGCAUACAAGAGAUACAGGUUGAGAUUAAGUCGCGAAUCGAUGCGGACUGGGAUAAGUUCUACGUACAGGACCCGUCGAGGCCCAUCAAGCCUUCUGUGAUCGCUGAUGCUUGCCUCGUAAUCGACGUGCUUGGCCCAGAAAUCCGUUCUCAGUUCGUAGAAAGAUAUGUCGCAUUGGAGCUGAAGGAGUAUAGGCGAAUAUUCCGUGCGACCGAUGAGGCGGGCCAGCUGGACAACCUCUCACGGCGGUUUGCGUGGUUCCGGCGGCUCUUGCAAACACACGAAACUGAGCAAGGUAGAGUGUUUCCGGCAGAAUGGAAAGUGGGCUGGUUCCUGUGCUCGAAAUUCAUCGAGAUCACAAGGGACGAUAUGACUGUUUUGUUGUCCAAAGCGGGUUCCAAGCUAUCCGUCAAGCAGUUAUUGGAUACUCUGCAGGAAACGAUGGAGUUUGAGGAAUCGAUGACGAGGAAAUAUGCGACACCUGUACCAGACAUUCUCAAAGCAACCCAACCUUCCGGAGCAUCGCGGCCUCUCAAGACGAUCACGUCGGCAUUCGAGCCUCAUAUGGGAGUUUUCAUAGACGCGCAAGACAGAGCAUUAUCCGACAUGCUAGCCCAGCACAGAGGCUAUAAGUCGCGUUCUUCGCUUGAAGCAGCGGCGCCUACGGCAUCCUCUGACGAGACGGCACCUCCUGUUUUCGUUCUGCCGUCGUCUACGGAGCUGUUCUAUUACUACAAGCAAACAUUGGACCAGUGCGCGAGCUUGUUCACUGGUCAACCGUUGUAUGAACUCUCCGUAUUGCACAAGAAGUGGCUCAAGAUCUACGCAGGUGUGACAAAGCCUCCUAUUAAUCUGCCUGCGUUUGUAUCGAGGAAAUCGACGGAAAGCCGCGUGGACGCCAAUGAGCUGAAGAAUGCCUGCACGCUGAUAAACACCGCCGACUACUGUCAAACAACAGCGCUGGAGCUGGAAGAGAAUAUCAGAGAAACAUGUGACAAACCUUUCAAAGAGAGGAUCUCUUUCCAGGACGAGCGUGAUCUAUUCGUUAGUGCCAUUUCUGCUGCUAUUCAGGUCAUGGUACGCGAGCUGGAAUCGGCUUGUGACGGUCCAUUUUCCACUAUGACGCGCACGUCUUGGGCGUCGUUGAAGUCUGUCAGCGGCCAGUCUGCAUAUAUUGAUGAUUUGGUUGGAGCGGUCGAGCAAGUCGUGGAUACUGUCAGGCCUCUAGUGGAGCAAAAGAAAUAUCUGCGGAAUUUCCUGGACAAGGCGUCGAGCUCUGUUUUUGCUAAGUUUACCAACGCGUUGGUCAAAAGUCGACCACUCAAAGAGAUCGGUGCCGAACAGGUAUACCUUUCUAUCACGUUUGACCUUGGUGAUUGGCAGCUACUGAUCGAUCUACAAGCGGUCAAAGUAGCUCUUUUGCGAAUCCCUGGCGACUCGCUCAGUACUACGAAUUAUACACGCAGCGUCUCGAAUCACACAAUCAGAUUGGAGGCGCUUCUCAAAGUCAUCGUGACACCACUGGACCCUGCCGAGGGAUUCAUUUUGAACUACACCCUUCUCAUCGGGGACUCUUCGUUUACCAAUUUCCAGAAGAUUCUCGACCUCAAAGGCGCAACGAAGGCCGAGCAGAACGAUCUACUCGAUUGUUUCCUCACGAUUACCAGCACCAAGACGGACCUCAAGGACGCUUCCUUCCUCUCAUCCCUCGAUAUGGAUCCUGGCCAGGUGACCAAUCUCAUAAGCCCAGCUGCCAGUCGUGUAUCUUUGCUUCAGGGAUCGGGGCAGAGCGAUGGCUUGCUUGCAGCACUGGCUUCCCCGCCCGCUGCUGGAUCGUCAACUGGCUCCGACACGCCACCCAGAACUGAUCAAGCACCGAGACGGGAGGUAUUUUCCGAUUUCAAGCGGUUCGUGAGCUUCGGAUUGAGGCGGGAGUCUAUGCCGCCAUCAUAA